AUGUUCCAGUUGAACAAAGCGGCGACCGAUGAUCUCAUAGUGGCCACAGUCGCACUCAAAUACGCUCAGUCAAACACGGUCUGCUUCGCUCACCGUGGACAGGUGAUUGGCAUGGGAGCUGGGCAGCAGUCAAGGAUACAUUGUACGCGACUAGCUGGUGAAAAAGCCUGCAACUGGUAA